GGCUCAAAUUAGCAGUAGAUAUUGAUGAAUUAAUUUUCUUCCGACAAAGUUUUCACUAUCGAAGGGUUUUCUACAUUGUCAACGUUCUUUUGGAAUUCAAUACAAUUAUUACGAAGUAAUCAACAUGAAGCUUCUGCUUGCAUCAAUGGUCCUUCUAGCCGUGGCAUUUCGCGGCUUAGAUGCCAAUGUGUAUCUUCCAUGCCCUCAGUUCUGGCUUCCAUUUAACGGGAACUGCUACCGUUACUUCGGGGAGCGGGUCCCUUGGGCAGAGGCUCGGGAUCGCUGCAGGGAUCACUACUCCUUCAACGGACGGGCUGACUUAGUAUCCAUCCACACGGAACAGGAGAACGCCUUCGCUUACGAACUUUUCCGCUCUUCUGCAGACUUUACAAGGGAUCAUAGUGCUUGGAUUGGUGCCUACCAGACAAUACAAGACGGACCUUUCAUUUGGUCUGAUGGAUCUGGUCUAAACUUCGAGCGGUGGUUGCCGGGUGAGCCGUCCAACGGUGGUAACAUUGAGGAUUGCGUCCAUUUGUGGCGUAGGAACGCAGGGGAUGAAAUCCUCCGGCCUUGGAACGACCGUCCCUGUGAAAGGGACACGCCUUUCAUUUGUAAGGUGGUGUCAAAUUAGAAUUCCCAGUUGGCUGUACCCUGAAUUCGAAGCUUCCUUGAUAUAUUUGUAUGGUUAAGACUACAAUUUGAAUUCUUUGACAACAUUCUGAAAACCUUGGAAACUAGUAGGGCUAUCAUAACGUUCAGGGGGUGAUGCAUGCUUGAUCGAUUCUAUUUUCCACAGUCCAUUAGUCAGUAUUUUGUGUUUUUGCUUCAUUACAAGAGACAAAUUGACAGUCUGGGAGAACUUUACAUUCAGAUUUUCUUUCUAGUUUAGUAUACGAAAUCCGUCCCAUUUUUAAACGGUUAGGCCUCCGUCAUAGAUCCCGCCGUAUUUUAAAUAGCCAACCGUUUUUUUGUUGGGGAGAAGUGUAUAGGCACGUAAAGCCCUUAAAAUACAUGUUUAAAGAAAAUGUCGGGAGGCAAUUGGGAUAGAUUAUGUACAAAGUUUUGUUAAUUGCUGUAUACGCUGAGGUUAUAGAAUCAUUAACAUGAUGGAAUAAGAUAUUCGAUUUUAGUCACGUUAGUGCUCACAUAAAUGUGUGUAUAGGCACUUCACGCCCUUUAAAAUACAUGUUUAAAGAAAAUGUCGGGAGGUAAUUGGAAAAGGUUACUUACAAAGUAUUUGUUAUACGCUGAGGUUAUAGAAUCAUCAAAAUGAUGGGAAAAGAGAUUCGAUUUUAGUCACGUUCAGUGCUCACAUAAAUGGGGGUAUGGGACAUACACAUGUGCCAGCAAGUUUGGUUCAAUAUUUCAGCUAUUUCUUGUAAUAUUUCAGAUUUAAAGGCAUUUGCAGAGCGACUCAUAUCAGAUGAAAAUGUUGACAUGAUAUUGUUUAAACAAAAUUAACACAUUAAAAAGAAUGAGACAAACUCAAAAAUGUCAAUUAAAGAUGCUAGAUCCGUAAUGAGUACCUUCAGUUAUAAUUAAGAAGGCUACUUUAAAUUGGUCUUAGACUUUUAUCAUGGUGUUUAACUGUUGUUCUGAAAUUCUAAUCAUUUACCUUAGCGUCUGUAGAUAAGAGUGAAAUUUUUUUUUAACUCGCCGUUUUUUAAAUGAAAUAACUUUGCUGUGGAAAUCUACAUAAUAUGAUCAGAUCAAUUUUGCUUCUUGAAUUUGAGGAUCUGUUACUUGAAAAGUCGAAUUACUGUAAAAUACCACUCAACAUAUAUUUCAUCAUCUCUUUCUAUGUUUUUUUUAGUGUUUCCUUCCUUUUUCCUUAUCACAUUUCCUGCUACAUAUAUCCUUUCUACAGUUCGACUGAGCCAACUUUAUUUUAUGCUUUUACAGCUGGAGUGAAUGAAUUACAUGCCAUAUCUCACAAUAUUUGUUUGGGUAGUUGUGUGUUUGCUUGUUUAUUUUAAUUUGAGAUUAUGUGCAAGUUUAACAUGAGUGAGGCUAGCCAUGAGGACUAAGUAUAAAGACAGGGAUGUAAAAAGUGGAUUGGAUACUUGUAUUUCUCUUGUGUAUGAGAGCAUUUGUCAAUUAAUCUAUGGGUCAUAAUAAGUUCGAUGUUCCCUGUAUGAACCUUUUUUGGACUACAUACCAUGCGCAUAGGACUAAAUACUGCCCUUGAAUAUGAUUUUGGCAAUCUUGGAACUUCAAGCUUAAUCAAUUCGUGAUGGAAGCAGUGACCUACAAGUUAUACCUAUCGUUCCUCAUAUGGUCUGUAGAUAAGAGUGAAAUUUAAACUCACAGUUUUUAAAAAAUAUCUUUGCCAUGGAAUUCAAGAAAAUGUGAUCGGAUAGAUUAUGCUUCUUGACAU